CUGGAACGCUCAGACUCGGUGCGGAACUGUCAUUGGCCGCUUGGCUUUACUUCGGCACUUAGAACUGAGUUCGCGGCGGCCCCUUCCGAGACACCUACUCCCUCCUCCCGGGCCGGGGAUUCCUUGCUGUGUUUCAUCCCAGAUCCCCGCCUCCUAGGGCAGGGGGGUGGGAGGGGGUGAUUGGUGAAUUGGCCCCAUCUGCAAGCCCCUGAGCUGCUCCAGAGAAAGAUGAACGCAGACGGUGACUCCGGGAGCCCCCUGCCGCGGCUCUGUAACCUGGAGAAGGGGCCGAAUGGCUAUGGCUUCCACCUCCACGGCGAGAAGGGCAAAAUGGGACAGUUUAUCCGGCUGGUGGAGCCCGGCUCGCCGGCCGAAAAGGCGGGACUGCUGGCCGGUGACCGAUUGGUGGAGGUGAACGGUGAGAACGUGGAGCAGGAGAGUCACCAGCAGGUGGUGAGCCGCAUCCGAGCCGCGCUCAACUCCGUGCGCCUGCUGGUGGUCGACCCGGAGGCGGACGAGCGGCUGCAGAAGCUAGGCAUCCAGGUGCGAGAAGAACUACUGCGCGGCCAUCCGGGGGAGCGGCCAGUCGAGCCUCCCCCGCAGAGGGCCGCGGAGGAGCCGGCGGAUGGAGGCGAGAAGCAGCCGCCACAAGCGCCCGGGGAGCCGCGGGAGGAGAAGAGCCAACCGCCACAGAGGGAGCUGAGGCCCCGACUUUGUGCUAUGAAAAAAGGUCCCAAUGGCUAUGGCUUCAACCUGCACAGUGACAAGUCUAAACCUGGUCAGUACAUCCGAGCUGUGGAUGCCAAUUCACCAGCUGAGGCUUCCGGGCUCCAGGCCCAGGAUCGGAUUGUGGAGGUGAAUGGGAUCUGUAUGGAAGGGAAACAGCAUGGGGAUGUGGUCACUGCGAUCAAGGCUGGUGGAGAUGAGACCAAGCUGCUGGUUGUGGAUGAGGAGACAGAUGAGUUCUUCAAAAAGUGUAAAGUGAUACCAUCCCAGGAACACCUGAGUGGUCCUUUGCCAGAACCUGUUGCCAAUGGAGAGGUAGAGAAGGAGAGCAGUGCCACCUGGCCUGAAGCAGUGUGUGAGAGCCCCAAACCAGCAUCUUCGAGAUCUACACUUAGUGAAACUAGUGACGAGAUGGAGUCUCAAGAUGGUCCCAAGAAACAAGAUUCCACGCCACCCUCUUCUACAUCUUCCUCCUCUGAUCCCAUUUUAGACUUCAACAUCUCCCUGGCGGUGGCCAAAGAGCGAGCUCACCAGAAACGGAGCAGCAAACGCGCACCACAGAUGGACUGGAGCAAGAAAAAUGAACUCUUUAGUAAUUUCUGAGCAUUUGUUCCAAUGUCCUCCUUCCUCCCUUCCCACCAAACCACCUGAGAGUGGGGAGGAGGUUGGAGGUGGGGGGACUGAGUUGUGCCCCUUGGUCUUCCUCUCUUCUCCACUCACCCCAAAUCAAAGUACAAAUCAGCACCAGCAUCUGAUUUUCCUAGACACCCAUGUUCUUUCUAAAGCCCAGGGAGCAUGUUUUCCUAUUCUGUCCUAAUGAGAAGACACCUUUCCCCAAAUCCCUUCUUCUUAGGGCCCUAAGAAGGUUCCACUUCUUGAUUACAUUCUCUCCACCCCCUGCCAGCUGGAGGACUGUGAGACGAUUUAAUAGAUUUUUUUUUUCCCAAUUCAUUUUCAUGCCAUCCUAACAACACCCACCGUCCAGAGCCAGGGAAUGGCUGAAUGAGAAGCGCUAAGGGCAGAAACCACAGCUCAGGGAUGGACAGGGUCUUCUCCCUAAAAGCUAUAAAUCAGGGUGUUUGGGUUUUGGGGGGUGGGGAAUGUUUGUUUUAGUGUCUUACAUAAGUCUAGAAGGAUUUUUUUUUUGUGCUAUGAUUAACAUGAUUUUUCCCAGUUCCUGCGUUGGAAGAAGUUGUUUCGUCUUGAGCUUGUUCUGUCCCUACUCUAAGGCUACUUAUGGCACUGCCCUGGGCUUUAGGGUAACAGAUGUAAGAAGCCUUUGAACCCAGUACUACCUAGGGCCUUCCCAGCUGUGCUCUGCCCAUCAGUCAGGCGACAAACAUUUACAGAGUGCCUACUCCAUGCCAGACACUGCUAAGACCUGGGAUACAAAGAAAGUCCCUGGCUCUCAAGGAGCUCACAAUCUAAUCAGUAAUAAACCUCUAGUACAAAUUC